AUGCCAAUCACACGAUCACAGAACGGGAUGCAGCAAGGGGAAUCGACGUUGACUGUUACCUCCGCCACUAGGUCCGAAGUUCGGACCACAGGCGAAGAGAAAACGAUCGAGCAGUCCACGUCGACGAGCGCAGCCAGCCAAUCAGAGCAAGCAUUGACUCUGAUACCAGCGGGUUAUACCCGGCGGGCCGCAUCGAGAACCGUAUCAAAAGCCAGCUCAAGAAGACUAGCCGAGGCCAGAGAAGAGUUGGCUCGCUGCGAGCUGCGGGAAGCGCAGGCUGCAGCACACCUGGCCAGAUUACGAUUAGAAGCGGAAACGGAAGAUGAAGACUCCGUUAUAGAAGACGUCAACUAUGACCAUGAAGAAAAGGUAGCAAACUGGAUGCGCUCAUCGGAACAAAAGCCAGAAGAAAUAGAAACAAAGAGCGACAUUCGAGCAAUAGCCAACGCAAUAAAGGAAGUCAUGACGAACCAUGUAGCGCCGCAACCGAAAUACAUUCAAGAGCUGCCAGUAUUUGAAGGGGACAGCUCCGAAUGGACGGCGUUCCGAGUUGUAUACGAAGAUACAUCUCCCAUGUUCUCGAACGUUCAGAACAUGGCGCGGCUGCGUAAGGCGAUUAAAGGCACGGCGAGAGAGAGUAUUAAGAGCCUCUUGUACUCAGAAGCGACGCCAGAAGAAGUAAUUAACGCUUUACGCCGAAGAUUUGGUAGACCCGACGCAUUGGUGCUAGCCGAACUUGAGAAAUUAAAAGCGCUGCACAGAACGACGGAAAAUCCCAGCGACAUAUGCGUUUUCGCAAGCCAAAUAAACAACAGUGUAGCCGCCAUAAAAGGGUUGAAGAGACCGCAAUAUCUCUACUCACCGGAAAUUGUGAAAAUUAUCAUAGAGAAGAUGCCUGCGAUUCUGAGGUUCAGAUGGUACGACUACACGGCUGCGAGGGAAGAGGAAUCGUUCUCAGAUAUUCAAACAAUAAGCGACUUCCUCAAUUUAGAAGCAGAUAAAUGCGGCGCAUUCGCGGUAAUAGAAGACAGCAAAAGUGCACGACCGAGCGCAACGAUAAGAAGACCAGCGAAGCAAACUACUUUUAAUAUUGCUGAAAAGAGUAGUCCAGAAGAAAUCAAGUGCCCAGUUUGUGAAUGCAACCAUAAGCUCAAAGACUGCCAAAGAUUUCUGAAUGCAGCAGUCAACGAUAGAUGGGAAACUGUUAAGAGGCUUAAGGUUUGCUUCAAGUGCCUUGUUGGAAAGCAUCGGAAAGAAAGAUGCCGAAGACCACCGUGCAAGUUGUGUCAGAGAUGGCACCACAGCUUAUUACAUGUGACAUCGGAGAGAGAACAAUGUCAUGAAGAGGCAGCGACCGAGACAGCGACGGUCCAUACAAUUAGUACUCCGAAAGCUAUUUUAAAGAUGCUUAAGGUGGAGAUCUACGGACCGACUGGGAGCAAACAGGUACUGGCGCUGCUAGAUGAAGGCUCAACGGUGACACUGCUCGACGAAAAUGUGGCUGCUAGCAUCGGUAUUAAGGGUCCUCGCGAAACCUUAAACAUAGAAACUAUCGGCGGCGGGCAAAUGAAAAGUCACGACUCAAUGAUUGUAGACAUCAAAGUGAAAGGGAUAAGACAAGGCGAGACGAGUACACUCAAGCGGGCAAGAACUAUCAAGGAGCUCAAAUUGACCCCACAACUCGUUGAUAAAACUCGACUUAAGAAGUACCAUCACUUGCGGGGUUUACUGCAGGACGUGUGCUACGAAGCUGAGGCGCCGAAGCUGCUCAUUGGCCAAGACAAUUGGGAAUAUAUUGUCUCGUUACAGAUACGACGCGGAAAGCCAGGGCAGCCGGUGGCGUCAAGAACAAAGUUAGGAUGGGUUAUCCAUGGCUUCGAUAGCAACGGCGUGUCUCCGAUCAAUUACGUGAACACAUGUGCACACGCAAGCGUCGUCGAAGAUAAAAUAGAUCAGCUGGUGAGGGAACACUUUAAUAUUGAGUCUUUAGGAGUUCAGCCGAAGAAGCCGUCAACGGAUAUAGAACAGCGAGCACUAGACAUAUUGGAAAGAACCAGUCGACAAUUGGAAGAUGGCAGGUACGAGGUCGGUCUGUUGUGGAAAAGUGAAGACUUACAACUUCCAAACAAUUACACAGCAGCUCUCAACAGAUUUCAAGGCAUAGAAAAAAAGCUGCGUAAGGACGCUAAGUUGAAAAAUGAAUAUAGUGCGCAGAUUGAAAAUCUUUUGAAAAGCAACUACGCUGAAGAAGCACCAGUCGACUGCAGAUCCAACAAAAAAUGGUACCUGCCUCAUUUCCCAGUGGUUCACCCUCUUAAAAAGAAGCUGAGAAUUGUCUUCGACGCUGCGGCAAAAUACAACGGAGUGAGCCUCAACGAUGUAUUGCUGUCCGGACCGGACUUACUACAGUCAAUAUUUGGAGUGCUACUGCGAUUCCGCCAAGGCCCUGUAGCGAUAGCGGCUGAUAUAAAAGAAAUGUUUCUGCAGGUAAAAAUAUCGGAAGAAGAUAGAGACAGUCUUAGGUUCCUAUGGCGGAAAGACAAGGAAGAGCAAGUGAAGGAAUACAGAAUGUCAUCAGUGAUUUUUGGAGCCGCAUCGUCGCCUUGCACCGCGAUUUAUAUAAAAAACAAGAACGCAAAGGCCUUCUCACAUAAAUAUCCCGAAGCUGCGCAAGCAAUAGAGCGGAAUCACUAUAUGGAUGACUAUCUGCAAAGCUUUCACAGUGUUGACGAUUGCACACGAGUAAUGCAGCAAGUUGACUUGAUCCACAAGAACGCGCACUUCGAGCUACGAGGAUGGGCGUCGAAUAAAAAAGAGAUCGUAGAAGCCGGUGGCGAACAGGAAGUGCACCUAGGUGAAAACGAAGAGAAGACCUUGGGACUGAGAUGGCUGACAUCAGAGGAUUGUCUUGGAUUUAGAAGCCAAUUUAGAAGAAUCCCUGACGAGAUAGCACGAGGCAUGCAGACUCCAACAAAACGAGAAGUCACGGGAGCUGUGAUGUCUACCUUCGACCCACUCGGACUGCUUUCACCCAUUCUCAUUCAAGGAAAGAAGCUCAUUCAAAAGAUAUGGCGCAGUGGUGUCGGAUGGGAUGACCAAAUCACUGAAGACGACACCGAAGCUUGGAAGAGCUACCUAGAGCAUGUCGGUAAACUAAAAGACAUCCGCCUGCCGCGAUGCAUGUCACCAUUUUGCACUGAGGGGGAGCUGCAUACUUUCACAGACGCGAGUGAGACAGCGUAUGCAGCCGCAGUAUACUGGCGAACUAGAGGUAACGGAAAAUACUUGAUAAAUCUCGUCGCAGCCAAGUCAAGAGUGACGCCUCUAAAACCAAUUUCCAUGCCGAGACUUGAACUGCAGGCAGCGUUGUUAGGAGCUAGACUUGCAGACUCAGUGGCCAGAGAACUCGAUCUGCAAGUUACAAGGAAAACCUUUUGGACGGAUUCGAGUGUUGUACUUUCGUGGAUAAAGGCAGAUCCCAGAACAUUUAAGACCUUCGUAGCUCAUCGAAUUGCGGAGAUAGAGGAUCUUACAAAACCACAGGACUGGAGAUGGGUGCCGACAGCGCAUAAUCCUGCUGAUGAUGCAACUAGAAGUCCACCGGAAGAAUUUAACGCGGAACAUAGGUGGUUCAAGGGUCCAGACUUUCUGUCAAAAGACGAAGAAAAGUGGCCAGCUCCGCGAAGUUUUAAAAAAGAAAAAAGCGAGGAAGACAAAACGACGGAGCAGGUGAAUAUACUUCGCCACAGUGAAAUUACUCCGGUUCCUGAAAACUUUUCAUCGUGGACAAGAUUGUGGAGAUCGACUGCCAGAGUACUACAAUUCAUCAAUCUUUGCAAAGAAAAGAAGCUGUCGAAGCAUGAGUGCUGCAAUAAAAGUGCAAAAAAGAGGCAAUUCCUUCCGAUCGGUGAGAUACACCUAUUAAGAGCGGAGGAGGUUCUGAUCGCCCAGUGUCAGCAAAACAGCUUUAAACAAGAUAUUAAAAAUCUUAUGCAAGGGCGAAAGACGGAGAAUCAAAGCCAAUUGAAAAGGCUAGACGUCACUAUAAAAAAUAAACUUAUAAGACUACAAGGGAGAGCAAAAACAGUAGCGGGCAUCGAUAAUGACUACUUAACACCCAUUGUACUAGAUGGCAGGAGCGUCAUUGGUAGAUUAAUAAUUAAACAUUACCACGAGAAAUACAACCAUGGUAAUCAAGCUACGGUAAUGAAUGAAAUCCGCCAAAAAUAUUGGAUGUUGGGCUUGAGAUCAGUGCUGCGUAGUAUACAACAAAACUGUCAACAUUGCAAGCUGAGGAAAGGUAAACCAUCGGAGCAGCCAGCGGGCAACUUACCUCAAGAAAGGCUGAGACAUGGUGAGCCCGCUUUUACGUGUACAGGUGUGGACUACUUCGGUCCAAUGCUUGUGGCGAUUGGGAGGCGAAGAGAAAAGCGAUGGGGAGCUUUAUUUACCUGCCUGACCACAAGGGCAGUACACAUCGAGAUAGUGCCCAGCCUCACGACAGACUCUACAAUAAUGGCGUUAAGGAGAUUCGCAGCACGAAGAGGGAUGCCAAAAGUAAUUUAUUCCGACAAUGGAACAAACUUCGUUAAAGCUAAUAAAGAAAUCCAAACCGCCAUCGCGGAACUUAAAAAAGAGGAAGUCGUCACGGAAGCAGAAAAGGUUGGCGUACAGUGGAAAUUUAUUCCGCCUGGCGCACCGAAUAUGGGUGGAGCUUGGGAACGAUUGGUGCGCUCAAUUAAGGUGGCGCUAGACGUUACAUUAAAGGAGCGCAUUCCACGAGAGGAGGUACUGCAUACGCUGUUGUUGGAAGCCGAACACAUGGUUAAUUCCAGGCCAAUAACCAACUUAGCCGACAAUUCGGAAGAAGAGGCGCUAACACCAAAUCACUUUCUUAUUGGGCGAUCCAGUGGAGCUGCGCGCAUAGGGCAUUUUCCCGAUGCCAAGCUGGUGGGCAGAGAAGAUUGGAAGACCGUCCAACGACUCUCUGAUCAUUUUUGGAGGAGAUGGCUACGGGAGUACUUGCCCACGCUACUGCCCAGAAAAAUAACAGGCCGACGGGAAGGCGAGCAGCUGCAGCGAGGCGACGUGGUUCUUAUCGUGGAUCGCACUCUACCACGAUGCACUUGGCCGAGGGGAAUUAUCGAAACCACGUACCCCGGGCCCGACGGAAGAACCAGAAUCGUGGACGUCGCGACCAAAGGUGGAGUGUUACGAAGACCAUCGUCGAGGAUCGUGAUCUUGGUGCCUGCGAAGUCGCCGUGCAGAAACGACGGUGCUGCGCACGAGGGGGAGAAUGUUGGCGACUCAUAA